AUGGUUUUGAAAAUCCCUAGUGAAAAGACUGUAGAAACAAAAAAAGAACUUAUUAUCUUACCUAAAGAAAAAAAUGUAACAACAUCAAAAUAUAUUACUAAUGAAUCAAAUCAAUAUUAUUUUUCAUUAGCAAUAUGGAGAAAACUUUCUAUGUCACAUAAUACAAUAGAAAUUCAUAAAUCAUAUGGUUUAACAGUUGAUAUUACUAUUAUCUCAACAACAGCAUAUGGUAUUAAAGAAAAAAUCGAUCCAAAAUAUGGAAAUGGUUAUUUUGAAUCUGGUACUGGUAAAAGAAUUUAUCAAAUUGAUAAACAAAAUACUCAACAACAAUGUUUAGAUUUAAUUGGUUCUAUUGCUUCUGUUAAUCAAGCAAAACAAAAAUAUGAAUUAAUGUCAGACAUUGAGCGACAAAGAAUAUUACUCUAUACUGAUAAGUCAGAAUGUGAUGGGCAAUUAUCAACAUCUUCAACUCAAAUAUCUGAUUCUUAUAAUAUUAUAUUAAAUUGUUGUUUUGAUGACAAAAUCUUAGUACGCCAUCUUGCUAAUAGUUUAGCUGAUGAAGGUUAUCACGUAUCAAUGGCUUAUUCUGAUAAAACACCAUCUAUUAUAGGAUCAAAAUAUAAUAAAACGUAUUUAAUUAUUAUUUGUUUUAGUUCUAAUUAUUCAGAAAAUUCUAAUUGUAUGACAUCAUUGAAUACUACAAUAUCGUCGGGAAAGGAAUAUUUACCAAUUAUGUUAAUGAGAAGUUCAUUAAAUCAUGAUGAUGAUUGGCCUCAAAUAAUGAAUACAGAAGAAUUAUAUUAUGAGUUAUUUAAAAAAGAAAUCAAAUUCAGAUUAAAUGAAGAUUUAGCUUUGAACUAUGAUAAAUUACUAAUAGCAUUACUAAAUAUGCUUUGUACAAAUAUUGUUAAAACAAUUGCAUUUGCAACAACAGAUUGGGAAAAUUAUGAUAAUAGAAAACAAUUAGCAGAAUAUAUUCUUAAUGAAAUGAUAAAUCAACUCGGAUCAAAACAUUAUUCUCAUCGAUCAUGGAAAAUUAUAUUUCUCUUUAAUGAUCAACAAAACGAGUUUUUUAAUGAAUUUUCACAAGUUAUUUUAUCAAUACAGAAAGAAGGAGAUGAUUAUGAGCAAUUUUUUUAUCCAAUAUCAACGACUUCAAUAACAGUAAAAACAUCAGGAAAUUCCAAUAUAUCCAAAUGUGAAAAUUCCAUAAAUAAUUAUAUGAAAAAGAAUGUUCUUACAACAAUCAAAUUAAAUGAUCCAUUCUAUCCUGAGAUAUGGAAUCAACAUAUGAUUAAUGUAUAUUAUAAAUAUUGUCUUGAAAAUUGUGUUUUACCAAAAAUUUAUUAUAUCGAAAAAGAAACUACUCAACAACAAUGUUUAGAUUUAAUUGGUUCAAUUUCUUCUGUUAAUAAAGCAAAAGAAAAAUAUGAAUUAAUGUCAGAAAUUGAACGACAAAGAAUAUUACUCUAUUCUAAUAUAUCCAAGUCUGAUGAACAAUUAUCUACAUCUCCAACUCAAAUAUUAAACAAUAUAUGUGAUUCUUACAAUAUUAUAAUAAAUUGUUGUUCGGAUGAUAAAAUUUUAUCACAUCAUCUUGCUAAUCGUUUAAUUGACGAAGGUUAUCUAGUAUCAAUUGAUUAUUCUGAUAAAACAUCUUCAACUAUUGGAUCAAAAUUUAAUAAAACAGAUUUAAUUCUUAUUUGUUUCAGUUCUAAUUAUUCAGAAAAUGCUAAUUCAAUGACAUCAUUGUAUACUACAUUAUCGUCUGGAAAGAAAUAUAUACCAAUUAUGUUAACAAAAAAUUCAUUAAAUCACGUUGAUGAUUGGCUUAGAAUAAUUCAUACAGAAGAAUUAUAUUAUGAUUCAUUUAAAGAAGAAAUAAAAUUCAACUUAGAUGAAGAUUUAGCUUUGAAUUAUGAUAAAUUAUUAAUAGAAUUACUACAUUAUAUGAAACCUGGUACAGUUGGUCGAACUUAUUUAAUGUCUAAUACUAUGUUAAACAAAGAAGAACAAGAAGAAGAAAACUUUGAUCAAUCAAAUAUUUUCUCACAAUUUACAUCAGAACAAAUUCAAGAAAAAGAACAAAUUUAUCAAAAACAAAUUGAAGAAAUUUUAGAAAGAGAUAAAAUUUCAGAUGAUGAAUUAACUUAUUUAAUAAGUUCUUUAAAACAGAUUCUUGAAAAUUGUGAAAAUGAAGAAUGUUCAACAUCAACAGAGGAACAACAAUCCGAAGAAUCUACUCGAGAUACAAAUCAAGACGAAGUAGAAAAAGAAGAAGAAGAAGAAGAGCAAGAUCAUAUGAACGAAGACGAUGAGAAUCAACAAAACGAGAAACAAGAAGUCCAGCUUUCUAAAAACGAAGACAAUUCUCAGAACAAACAUGACAAAGGUCAGUUGCAUUAA